CAUCAUCGCCCUUCUUUACGCCGUUGCAGGAACGGAAGGAGUAUCAGAGACUGAGCUGGGUGUUCUUCCCCUUUACAAAUUUAAGGCUUUCCAUACCAACGAGAAGAACAUUGCCGGACCUGGCAAAAUGGUUCCUAUACCGACCAAAGGACUAUGCUUAGCAACUGAAAGAACACUACUUGCUGAGGAUGCGGACUGUUGCAUAUGUCUGAACUCAUAUGAGGAUGGUGCAGAGCUUCAUGCUCUUCCUUGUAACCACCAUUUUCACUCGACGUGUAUUGUGAAAUGGCUUAAGAUGAGAGCAACAUGUCCUCUCUGCAAAUACAACAUCCUUAAAGGAACAACUGACCCCAACUAAGAAGAGGGAGUAAUAUUCUGCACAUAUGGAUACAGAUUCCAUUUCCUCAAUUAAAAAACAGUACUGUAUAUAUUUAUAUAUAACUAUCAAAAUCAUGUAUCUUUUGUUAAAAGCAUCCAUUUUUAAAUGUAAAAGAUGGUAAUUUAUUUACAAAUGCCCUUUACUACA